AUGGCUGGUUACCCUUUGAUACGCCAUGCUCAGGCCGACACGCUCUGCAGAGAGGCGACAGCUAAGCAGGAAAGCCACGCCGAUCAUCCGUCCCUUGUCCCAGUCGCCUUGUUGUUGAGAAGCACCCUACGCACCUGCGACGUAGAGGAUGGCGAUAUUGGAACCCUGGCAGUCAACUUUGGGAUUGUCACUUUCAAAAUGUUCCGCUUCGCAAUUACAGCCCUCGAUUGCCACCUGAUGACGAGGUUUUAUGGCACAUCCCGCCUUUCAUCGCCGCCAGAUGUUCCACAACAGCUGUUCCCGCUGAUUAGAACCGUUCGAACAAAGAUCGAUGUGCUAGGAUUGAGUGCAGCAGCCCCCCCAGCCGUCCUGCGGGGCCGCCCGGCCGAGUACCGAAUCCGGACCUCGCAAUACCGCUGA